GUUUGGAGAGAUGAGUGGACGGCGCAGAGCGCAGCUGUCAUGCCGCGCACGGGCUUAAAAUAGACUCAAAGUUUUUUUACAUUUGGCAAUAACCUGCUGUUUUCACCUGCUGUCCGACAACAUGGAGUACUGGAGGCAAUGUGCGAUGUGGCUGAUCAGCUGCAACGUGCUGCCCGCGAACCACCGGGUGACUGCGGACACGGCGCAGGUGUUCGACCUGGCGCAAACCCUGCGGGACGGGGUGCUGCUGUGCCAGCUGCUCAACAACCUGAGGCGUCACACCAUCAACCUGAAGGAGAUCAAUCUCAGGCCGCAGAUGUCACAGUUCCUGUGCUUAAAGAACAUCCGCACAUUCCUAAUGUCUUGCAAUGAGGUGUUUGGGAUGAAGAAGAGUGACUUAUUUGAAGCCUUCGAUCUCUUCGAUGUUCGAGACUUUGGAAAGGUUAUGGACACUCUAUCCAAGCUCUCCUACACAUCAAUAGCACAGCAAGGAGGAUUCAGGCCAUUUCCAACAGAGGAGAGCCUAAAAGACGAGGACAUUUACAAUAAUCUGGAAGACUUGAUUGAUGAGAAUGUCCCUGAGGAUGAGGACGACUUGUAUGCGGCGGUCUAUGGGGUGGAGGAAGACUACGCUGGUGGAGAGAUCUAUGAAGACCUCAUGAGGACUGAGCAGCAUCCCCCAUUGCAGGCAGAGGUGGAUGUCCGGAGCUGCUGCCUCACAGAGAUAAAACAGACGGAGGAGAAAUACACAGAAACCCUGGAGUCCAUUGAGAAGUAUUUUCUGAAUCCUCUGAAGAAAUUCUUCUCCGCAUCUGAAAUCGACAAAGUUUUUGUCAACAUUCCUGAUCUGGUUAAACUUCACAAAAGCCUGAUGAUCGACGUGCAGGACUCCAUCUUAAACAAAAAUGCCUUAAAUCUCUACCAGAUUUUCAUCAGCUACAAAGAAAGACUGCUUAUUUAUGGAAUAUACUGCAGUCACGUGGAGAUCGCCAUCGCUGUUUUAGACCUCAUUUGCAAAGAAAAAGAGGAUGUUCGUCUAAAGCUGGAGGAGUGCUCAAAGAGAGCCAACAAUGGGAAGUUUACACUGAGGGACCUGCUGGUUGUCCCGAUGCAGAGAGUCCUCAAGUACCAUCUACUUCUUCAGGAGCUAGUCAAACACACUCACGAUGCUGCUGACAAGAGCAACUUGAAGAUUGCUCUUGAUGCCAUGAAAGACCUGGCUCAGUUUGUCAACGAGGUGAAGAGAGAUAACGAGACUCUAAGGGAGAUCGACCAGUACCAGAGAUCUAUUGAAAACCUGAAUCAGCCUCUACUCAGCUUUGGUCGACCAAAGGGUGACGGAGAAGUGCGCAUGGUCUCCAGUGUUGACAAGAGGAAACAGGACAGACACAUCUUUCUAUUUGAUGUGGCUGUCAUUGUGUGCAAGAGGAGAGGCGACAACUAUGAGAUGAAGGACAUACUCGAACUCAACUACUUCAAGAUCACAAACAACCCCACUACGGACAGAGAGGGUAAAAAGUGGUGCUACGGGUUCUACGUGACUCACCAGCAGGGACACGUCGGCUUUGAACUCUUUUUUAAGACCAGAGAGCUGAAGAAGAAGUGGCUGGAUCAGUUUGAAAUGGCCAUAUCAAAUAUCCGUCCAGAGAAAGCCAACCACAACUCUCACCAGUUCAAGAUGCACACCUUUGAAAGGAUCACCUCCUGUAGUUUCUGUCACCUCUUGCUCAGGGGCAUCUUUAACCAGGGUUAUCUCUGUCAAAAAUGUGGGCUGGGGGCUCAUAAGGAGUGUCUGGGCCGACUGGGAGUCUGUGGGAGAACAGAUUCCGCCAAGCCGAAACCCAAGGAAAGCACAACACCACCAGACCCAGGUUUACCCAGGAUGGUUGUGAUCAGAGACUACAGUGGCAUCCCCUGUCCCCAGUGCGGGCCCCCACUAAGCAUUCAUGCGGGGGAUGUCAUUGAACUGAUGUUUGCCGACCUGCACAGCUCCUGGUGGCAGGGAAAAAUUCUGGCGACAAGCAAGAUUGGCUUCUUUCCAAGUGAUGCUGUGAGGCCUUGCCCGUGUGUUCCAAAACCUGUCGAUUACUCUGCCCAACUCUGGUUUGCAGGGCCUAUGGAGAGGUACCAGGCUGAGGUGGAGCUUCUGGACCGAGGAAACAGCACCUAUCUGGUUCGACACAGGAGUAAAGAGUGCACUGAGUACGCCAUCAGUAUUAAGUUCAACGAUAAAGUCAAGCACAUUAAGAUUCUGACCAAGAAUGGCUGCUUUUACAUCGCUGAGAGCCGGCUGUUCAAGACUGUGCUGGACUUGGUUGAGUACUACAAGCAGCAUUCUCUGAAGGAGGGUUUCAGCAGUCUUGACACCACUCUGCAGUUUCCCUAUAGGGAACUGUCCAAUGGAAACAUGCCCAAGGCCAUUACCAAGGCUGGCAGUGUUCCUCUUGGCGGCUGCAGCUUUGUUCCUCCCUCAUCCUCGCCUUUCUGGUCAGUGUUUUCUCCCAGGGUGGUGGGUAUUGCAGUGGCACGCUAUGACUUCUGCUCGAGAGACACACGGGAGCUCUCCCUGCUGCAGGGAGACAUUAUCAAGAUCUAUACCAAGAUGUCCAAUGGAUGGUGGAGGGGAGAGGUUGACGGCAGGAUGGGCUGGUUCCCCUCCACCUAUGUAGAAGAGGAGGACUGACUUUGCGGGAGGACUAACGUCUUAGCAGCGUCCAUUCAAAGCCGACCACCUCCAGCGAGCACCAUGCUGCUCAGCCACUCUCUUUGCCCCACAAGUCAGAUCUCUUUGAUAAAACCCAGAGACUCGGACUAAAGAGGAAGCGGCGGUGCCCUCAAAAACCUUCUCCUGCCCUCUGACAGACUCUCACACGGUGCAGAUGUCAAAUCACAGAUUCCAGGAGCGUCACGCCAUAUCUUGCCUCUCUGCGGCCCUGUCUGCCCCUGCGGCCCACCGGGGAGUGCAUGUGCUGUACCCAGAUAACCCCCCCCACCCCCGCCUCCCUUCCUGCUCACCUUGUCUUAUUAUUGAUGACUCCAUUGGCUGGUGUGAGACUUGCCUUCACUGUCAUCAUGUUUCGAUACCAGGAAGGCUCAGUCACCCAACUGGAACACAGAUCCUGCUGACAGCGCACCGCCCAGGUGCCGCACCAAAUUGAAAUGCAGGAGCUGAGGAGCUUUGACUGUUGUUGGAACACUGUAGCCCUCUUGGCUGUUGAGACUUUUGUGCUCAACUUUCUGUCAAAGACUUCAGUAUUUAACAGUUUAAAUCACCUGACUGAAAUGAACAAUGUGAUAUAUAUGAUGAAAUGCACUCGCUCAAUUGUGAUCUGACACAUUGUAGUAAAAGGAUGUAAAGAUUUCAGUAAAGCGUCAAGGACAUUCACAUAUAGUGCGUUCGGUAUCUUGAUGACUAUUAGUCUUGUGGACCCAGAAGUGAUUUGGUCAUAUCAUUACAGGACAGGUCUGGAGACCAAAUAGUUGAUUAUUUUGUUGCACAACAUAAUAAAUAAUAUGUUGUUGUGGAAAAUAUUGAAAUCCACCGCUGAUAAAGUUAUGUCUCCAA